AUGGAGAGUGGAGGAGGAUGGCUUAUAUGGCCAUGGAUGAGGAUUGAGAGAGUUGACGAUGUGUAUAAUGGCAUUAAUGCCCUUCAACACGCUACCAAAGUGUAUUGUAAUAAUGGUGGUACGGACAACAACGAUGUUGAUGGUGGCAAUGGUGGCGGUUGUGUUUUUGGUGGUGAUGGUGGUGGGGUUGGCAACGUUAGCAACGAUAGUAGUGGCAAUUGUGGUUGUAGUGGUAGUGGUGGCGAGUAUGGUUGUGGUGGUGGUUGUAAUGGUGGUGGUGGCAACAAUGGUAGUGGUAAUGACAAUGGUGGUGUAAGAGGUUAG